AUGAAUGUAACUCUCACUUCAAUUCCGUGGCAGCCUGUAGAUCUGGAAGUGCUUCCGGAGAAGAAGUGUCGGAUUAAUGGCUUCAAAACCACCGACGUGAGCGAUUUCUCUACUGAACACGAAACAAUGCAAGCUGAAGUGCAGGUGGUCAAAGAUGAUGGUGGAAUCGUUGUCGAAGUCCAGGAGGGAACUCCUAUCUGCUGGGAUGACAUCGGCCUUCCACUUGAAUGCAUGCUCGACGGUGAAACCUGGACUCAAGUCGGUUUCUUGGAGUCGGUCACAAAAGUGAAUUUGAGAUUCCUCAUGUUCGACAGCAAUGAACUUGCUAAGAUGCUUGACGAGCAUGCGAUCGACGUACUGUUAGCAGCGAAGAAAUGCUUUUCCCGAGAUGCUCCUCGGUCCAGCAUGACUCAGUGA